AUGUGGCUGAAAGAGGACGUGCCGCUGGAUAGAAAAAUAUCGCAGCAUUUUAUCAAACUGACUUCAAGUGUUUUUCCUUUUCUUUCAUUAGAUAUAGACGAGUGUAGCACCAACUCCCACAGCUGUGAUGCUAAUGCUAUUUGUAAUAACACGGAGGGAGGCCAUAACUGUGCCUGCAAAGAUGGAUUCAUUGGAAAUGGAAGAAACUGUACUGGUUAUUACAAAAACUGCGCCGAAGUUUACAAGUCCGGUCAGAAGAUCAGUGGUGUGUACAAAAUCGAUCCUGAUGGUUUGGGUGAAUUUGAAGUCUUCUGUGAUCACAAAACAACCAGUAGCGGGUGGACAGUGUUCCAGAAGAGACUGGAUGGCUCGGUUGAUUUCUACCGCGGUUGGGAUGACUACAAACGAGGCUUCGGAAAUCUGAACGGUGAAUUUUGGCUCGGAUUGGACAAGAUUCAUCGCCUGACGAAACAACGAAGCAGGCUUCGAGUGGAUCUUGAAGACACGAUUGGAAAAACAGCUUACGCCGAGUACGAUUUCUUUGAUGUGGCUAGUGAGAAUAGCAAAUACAAACUGAGUCUUGGAACAUACUCUGGAACUGCUGGUGACUCUCUUUCCUAUCAUCGUGGUUCAGCGUUCUCCACCAAAGAUCGCGACAAUGACAAGUAUUCUGGCAGCUGUGCUACGAUUCGUAAGGGCGCCUGGUGGUUCAACAGUUGUAACCAAUCCGACCUGAAUGGCGUCUACUAUCACGGCCAACAUUCUUCUCCCUGGGCCGGUGUGCAGUGGUAUCACUGGAAAGGCGAGAAGUACUCCGCUAAACGAGCUGAGAUGAAAAUCAAACCAGUUAAAAACUAGAACCAAGUGUUCUUGUCAGGCUUUUAAAUGGCAUUAGUAACUUGAUUCCUGACUUAAGUGAGCUUUUUUAUAGCCUGAGUUUCUUGUGCCAUUCUAUCGCUGAUGUGAUCAUAAGAUCUAGAGCGAUUUCUUAAUAGGUGAUGGGGUUAUAUUACUUGUGUACACCGAAGAACAACUCACUUCAUUGUAUGACUUCUCAGGAAGCAAUAAAAGGUGUUGUUGUUUCAUGUCAGUGUCUGUCAUGAAUUAUGACACUUGUCUGUU